AUGUCUUUAACCUUCAAGGGCCAAGAAGAGACUCUCAACGUCACUUUGCAUCACGACGCAUACCCCUCAGUCGACGUCGCGCCCCACUUCACGAACAAGACCUUCGCGGGUCAGGUCGUGUUGGUGACUGGCGCAUCGCGUGGCAUCGGGUCCGUCAUUGCAAAACACUAUGCGAAGGCUGGCGCCGCGGUCGCCCUCGUCGCUCGCAGCCUCGACUCUCUGAAGACUGUGCAGACCACGAUUCAAGCAGAGGCGCCUGGCGCGCCGGUAUUGACCUUUGCCGUCGAUGUCAAGGAUACCGUGGCGGCCGAGCGCGCCGUUGAGGAGACUGUCGCAAAGCUCGGUGGUCUUGAUGUCCUCGUCGCCAACGCUGGUGUUACAGCCCCGCUGUUGAAUAAGCGCAUCGGCGAGCGUGAGGAUCCACUCGCCUGGUGGAAUAGCUUUGAGGUCAACAUUUUCGGCGUGUAUAACUUCGUACGACCCGCCUUGAAGCACAUCGAGAAGAGCAAGGGUCACGUGUUUGUUAUAAGCACAGUCACCGCGCAGUUGCGUUUCUUGACCCUCUCAGACUACGGGGUGAGCAAGCACGCAAUUGGUCGCCUCGUCGAAUACAUCGCCCUCGAGUAUCCCACUGUAUGCUCUUUGGCAGUGCAUCCCGGCACUGUCGCUACCGACAUGACUCGCGGUUCCGGUAUCCCGGAAGAGUACUUGACUGAGAAGCCUGAGCUCGUCAGCGCCGUCCUCCUCGCUCUGACGUCGGGUCGUCUCGACUGGCUCAGCGGACGCUUCUUCGACUCCCGAUGGGACAUUGACGAGGUUGAGCAGCUGAAGGAGAAGAUCCUGGCCAAGGAUGCGCUAGUCAGCAAGUUGGAUGUUAAGCUUGACUAG